AUGGAAGACCUUCAAACCGCGGAAAGAGCGCGCGAUGCGGUGGUUUUGUUGAACUACGACCUGCCUCCGCACGCACUGUCUCUGUGGUUGUCGUGUUCGUACAGAGUGUGCGCGGACGGCGGAGCGAAUCGCGUGCAAGACUUGCGAGCGGCGUACGACGCGGCGACGAAAGAGUUGAACUACAACGGAGAUGACGUGUUUAAGCACCCUCAUCGAAUCGUGGGUGAUAUGGAUAGCGUAUGGGGGUCUGUUGCGUCGUUAUAUCGCGAUAACAAAGCGUACGGAUGCCUGUUGGAUGAUCAAAGCGAUGACCAGGAUUCGACAGACUUUGUCAAGUGUCUGAGAGCCAUAGUGAAACACAAGCCGGAAGUCAAGCGCGUGUUCACCUUGGGCGCACUUGGAGGACGGCUGGACCACGUUUUAUACAACAUGAAGACUCUGUUUGAUUUUCCAGAGCUCGAGAUUGUUCUGAUUGGAGACCAUUCGAUGGCGCGCGCGGUGCCCGCGGGCGAAACAAUCAUCAAACGCGACACACGUUACAAACUCAUGCACUGUGGAUUGGUGCCAUUACAAGGCGACGCGCGCGUGUCAACCGUUGGUUUAAAGUGGGAUUUGAACGAUGAAGUGAUGUCUUUCAACGCCGGUGGAUUGAUCUCAACAAGUAACCAGUUCAUCGAGGACAAGGUCGUCAUUCGGACCGAUGUUCCGCUUUUGUUUACGGCGUCUCCGCCGAUGCCACUUUGA